AUGAUGACAAAGUUCUACCAGCAUAGCCUUGCCUUGGCUUUUGCUGUUGAUGAGAUCAACAAGAAUCCCAAGAUUUUGCCUAAUCUCACUCUCGGGUUCCACAUCUCGGACAGCUACUACGAUGCAAGGAUGACUUAUUAUACCACUCUGGACCUGUUUUUCAGAUCACAGAGAUUUGUCCCCAAUUACACAUGUGACACCCAGAAAAAAAUAAUAGCAAUCAUCGGGGGACUCAGCUCCGAGAUAUCCUACCGUGUGGCAGAAAUUUUAAGUCUCUACAAAGUUCCACAGCUCCCAUAUGGCUCAUUCUCCCCAGAGGAGAAGGGUGCAACACACUCCCCUUCCUUUUACCGCAUGGCCCCAAAUGAAGCCCACCAGUAUACAGGGAUUAUUCAGUUGCUUCUCCAUUUUGAGUGGACAUGGGUUGGGCUCUUAGCUGUGGAUGAUGACAGUGGAGAACAUUUCUUGAAGACCCUGGAGCCAUUGCUCUCCAAGAAUGGAAUCUGCUUGGCCCUCAUGGGAAGAAUUCCUAACCGAUCAGAUUGGAAUACCUUGGGAGACUUCAAUGAUUUGCUGUCAAAGAUAUAUCCACCAUUCAUGGAUAGCAAAGCCAGGACAUUGAUUCUCUAUGGAGAAUCCAGGACUCUUGUAAGGUUGAGCCUUCUGAUGUACCUAGGAGACCCUGGGUAUAAAGAAAAUGCAUCAUACAGAAAAGUGUGGAUUAUUACUGCCCAGGUUGAUUUCACAUUAACAGGUGUUCAAAGACAUUGUGAUUUCCAGUUCUUCCAUGGUGCCAUUUCCAUUACAAUUCAUGCAAAUGAGCUUCAAGGGUUCCAGACAUUUCUUCAGAUUUUAAAACCUUGUUAUGCACAAGAAGAUACUUUUUUCAAGGAAUUCUGGGAGCAAGCUUUUGAUUGUUCCUGUCCAAAUCCUACAGCAUCAGUGGACAUCAAUGAAGCAUGCACUGGGGAAGAGAAGCUAGAGAGCCUCCCAGAGCCUUUUUUUGAAAUGCAUAUCACUGGCCACAGCUAUAGCAUUUACAAUGCCAUCUAUGCUGUGGCACAUGCUUUGCAUGCGAUGCACCCAUCGAGAUCCAAUCUCCGAGCAACGGGGGAUGGUAAACGUUUCAAAUGUCAAGAUCUCCAGCCUUGGCAGGUGGUACCUGUUUCUGUGUGCAAUGACCCCUGCCACCCUGGAUAUCUGAAGAAAAAGAAGGAAGGGGAGAAAUUUUGCUGCUACAAUUGUACUCCCUGCCCAGAAGGGAAAAUUUCAAACCCAAAAGACAUGGAUGACUGCAUCAACUGCCCAGAAGAUCAAUACCCAAGCAAGGACCAGAAUCACUGUAUUCCCAAGACGAUAACCUUUCUGUCUUAUGAAGAACCUCUGGGGAUCAGUUUAGCCUUUGCUGCUGCUUGUUGUUCCCUGACCACAGUCUUGGUGCUUGGGACUUUCAUUAAACACAGAGAUACCCCCAUCGUCAAAGCCAACAACCGAGAUCUCACCUACCUUCUCCUCAUCUCCCUCCUGCUCUGCUUUCUCUGCUCUUUCCUGUUUCUCGGAAAACCCCGGAAAGAGACCUGCUUCCUCCGCCAGUCUGCUUUUGGUGUCAUCUUUUCCUUAGCUAUUUCUUGUAUGUUGUCCAAAACCAUCACUGUCAUUGUAGCUUUCAUGGCCACCAACCCUGGGUCCAACAUGAGGAAGUGGGUGGGGAAAAGACUGACCAACUCUGUUGUUAUUUCCUGUGCCUUUAUGCAAGUAGGGGUUUGUAUGGUGUGGCUCAGAACCUCUCCCCCUUUCCCAGAUUUUGACAUGAAAACACUGAGUAGAGAGAUUGUGGCAGAAUGUAAUGAAGGGUCUGUCAUCAUGUUCUAUAUUGUCCUGAGCUACAUGGGACUUCUGUCCAUCAUCAGCUUGACGGUGGCUUUUCUAGCCAGGAAGUUGCCAGACAGUUUCAAUGAAGCCAAGUUCAUCACCUUCAGCAUGUUGAUCUUCUGCAGCGUUUGGGUGUUGUUUGUUCCCACCUACCUGAGCACCAAAGGGAAAUACAUGGUAGCCGUGGAGAUCUUCUCUAUCUUAGUUUCCAGUGCUGGGUUACUGAUUUGCAUCUUUUGUCCAAAAUGCUAUGUUAUUCUGUUUAGGCCUGAGCUGAACAAGAGAGAGCAGCUUAUAAAUAGAAAGCAUUAA